AUGGCUGCCCCAGGCAGCGGCUCCGAUCUGCUGUUGAAGCUGAAUGAGGUGGUUUCCCGCAUCGAGGGCACCAAGCGCAAGCUGGAGGAUGAAGAGGCAGCGUUCCACAACUUCAUGGCGUCGCACCAGAAGCGCGUGCGGAAACUGCAAUCGGAGAAGGCCUACCUGGAGCAGCAGCAGGCUCAGCUGGUGGCGGAGCUGCAGUCGAGCGGCGGCGCCGCGCUGGCGGCCGCUACCGCCGCCCCGUUCCACGCGGAUGGCGCGGCGGGCAACGGCGUCGCGCACGCUCCCGGCCAGCACUCGCCCCGUAUGCAGGCGCAGCAGCAGGCAGUGAUGCGCCAUCCCCCCCAGGCAGCCCACGCACCGAUGCAGCUGACGCAGCAGGCGCGGCCCGGCUUCCUGGCAAUCUGCCCCAUGGGGCCGCCCAACCAGCAGCAGCAGCAGCAGUACCAGCAGUACCAGCAGGUGCCACACGGCAUGCCCCUCGCAGCACAGCACCAGCAGUACCAGCAGUACCAACAGCAUUCACAGCAGGCACAGCCGCAUGGCUCGCCCAUCACGCCGGCUGGGCCCGCCGGCCCCGCCUCCCACCCACCUACUGCUGCCGCCAGCUCCCCCAGCCUCAGCCCCUCUGGCAGCCUGGGGAUGCAGGCGGCGGUGGCAGCCAAAGAAUUUGUACCCCGGGCAGUACAGAUGCAGGCAGUACAGAUGCAGGGCCAGGCCAGGCAGCAGCAGGACGAAGCCGCUGCUCCCGCGCCCGCUGCCGCGGCCGCGGCUGCCGCCGUGGCGCCCGCGCCCGCGCCGCCUGGCGUGGCGGCAGUUGGCAGGGGCCCGCCGCCUGGCUACGCGCCGCUGCAGCAGGCGGCGGCGGCCCCGGUGGCGCCGCGUGCCGCGCCGCCUGGGUUCGAGCACCACACGCCUGCGCGGCAGGGAGCGGCCGCGAGGCCCGUCGAAAAGUCGCCGCUGGCAGCCUUCCCCAUCCCCGGCCAGCCGCCGCGCCAGCCGCUGCCGCAGCAGCCGCAGCCGCAGCAGCCGCCGCAGACGGCCGCGUCCCCGCCGCAGCCGGCGCCGGCAGCGGCGGCGCCGCCCUCGGCACCUGCGGGGCCCCCUGUGGAGGUGUUUUUCGCGGAUGUGGGGAGAGGGGUGGAGGUGGACACGGGAGAGGAGGGGCAGGUGGUGGGUGUGGAGGGGGAGGAGAGGGUGGCCUCGCUGGCUGCGGCCUCCUCGGAUUCGGAAGAGGAGGAGCAGGAGCAGCAGCAGCAGCAGCAGCAGCAGCAGCAGCAGGAGGAUGAGGAUGAGGAGCUGCGGGCCGCAAUGGAAGCUGCCAUGCUGGCGAGCGCCAGCGAGGCGCAGGCGGCGGCACCGCAGCAGCAGCAGGGCCAGCAGCUGCAGGAGCAGCAGGAGCAGGAGCAGGGCCCCAGGGGCGGGCGGCGGCCUGGCUGGGGCCGCGGCAGCGGCGGCGGUGCAAUCGCGGAUGGCGGGGAGAGAGAGCGGAGCGAGGCGGCUGCUGCUGCGGCGGCGGCUGCGGCUGCCGGCAGCGGCGGCGGCGGCGGCGGCUACCUGGACCUUCUGGAGGGCGACUACGGCACCUAUGUGCGGCGCCAGCAGGCGCCCACCCCGCAGUGGAGCCAGCCGGAGCUUGUGGAGCAGGACUUCCCCUGCCUCGGGGCGCCAGCGGCCGCCUCCAAUGGAAAGGUGGCGCCUGCAAGCGGCGGCGGCGGCGGCGGCGGCGGCGGCGACGCCUGGGGGGCCGCCGCCGCCAGCAAGUGGGGCGCCGGCGGCCUGAGGGAGCGGCUGGCCGGCGCUGGCGGCAGCGGCUGGGGCCGCAGCGCCGCUGCCCCUCAGCAGCAGCAGCAGCAGGCGGGCGGUCCUUCCAUCGAAGAGGUGGAGGCGCGGCAGGUGCAGCGCCAGGCCUUUGAGCUCACCGAAACGCAACUGAAGCAGCGGCGCAAGGGCUCCUGCCUGGUGCUCAAGGGCCACGGCGGCGACCACGCCAUGCACUGCGUGCCGCCCGUGGCCUCCCCCCGCAUCUCCAUCACGCUGCGCAGGAUGGCUCCCGAGUUUGAUGCGGCGGUCGCCAGGGAGGUGCAGAGCUACGAGCGGCGCCACGGGCCGCUGCAUGGCUUCUGGGCUGAUGAGGAGGGUGCCGCGGGGGAGGCGGCGGCGCGGGGUGGGCGCCGCAGCGCCGGCGCCGGCGCCAUCACGAUCAAGUGA